AAAAUUUAGAUCAGUCGUCCGGAGCGAGUGAAUGGAGAGAGUUGAACAUGAGCGCCGAUAUCAAGGAACCAAGUGAAGUGUCUCCAUUUCUAAAAGAUGUUGUCAAGCUAACAGCCAUAGAGCAGAAGGAGCAAGAGUUAAAGGAUGCCAAGGAGCAGCAAGCGCAAAGAGAAAAUCUAGAAGAUGACAAGGAUAUAACAUGUGGUUUUUGGAUAUUCAAAGGACCUACGCUGCAGAGUUUCGCCACAGAGACCAUUUAUGUGACCAUCUAUGGCAUAGCUGGCUGCUUUAUGGCCAUGUGCUUUGCCUACUUCAAUGGCACAAUUACUACAUUGGAGAAACGCUAUAAGAUACCAACUAAAACGUUGGGCAUCAUAUCAGUUGGCAAUGACAUGAGCACCAUGUUUGCCUCGGCCUUGACUGGCUAUUAUCUACGCAAAGUGCAUCGACCGCGCUGGAUGGGUUUGGGUCUAUUUACAAUUGUCAUAUUUUGUUUGCUAAACUGCUCGCUGCAUUUUAUCUAUGGCGCUGGCGAGGAUGCUAUGAAACUAACGCGUAGUCAUGGAACUUAUCAAAAUUUAAGUGGACACUUAACUAGUUCACAGAGGGAUCAGAAGCUCUGCAUGAAUGAGACGUCCAGUUGCAUACAGGAGGAUAGUGUUUGGGUGCCACAAAUAAUUUUAUUUCUAGCUCAAUUUAUUUUGGGCAUUGGACAGGCGUUAUUUAUAGUCAUUGGCCUGGCCUACAUGGAUGACAAUACAACCAAGUCCAAGACGCCAGCUAUGCUAAGCUUCUCCACUUUCCUGCGCAUGCUGGGUCCUGCUAUUGGAUACUCUUUGGCGUCACUUUGUCUGCGCUGGUAUAUAGAGCCGACAGCGGAGCCGUUGAUCAAGCCCGAAGAUCCUCGCUGGUUGGGCGCCUGGUGGUUGGGUUGGCUCAUCUUAGCUGCCAUAACAUUCUUAAUUGCCUUUCUUAUGACGUUGUUUCCCAAGGAGCUACCCAGCUCAAAAGUAAGACGCUUGAAAUACCGAAAAGCCGGCGAAUCCAAUACAAAUGUUGAAAUGGACUUUUCAUUGGGCAACAUGUGGUUCUCGGUGAAACUCUUGGCAACCAACAAGGUAUAUGUUUACAAUACCAUUGCCUCUAUACUCUACUUCUUUGGCUAUAUGGUCUACUGGAUAUUCACGCCCAAGUACAUUGAGACACAAUAUCAGCAAUCAGCCUCGAUGGCCACCAUGGCUACGGGUACCGUAGCUCUGGGCUUCUCUGCUGCUGGCGUACUGCUCUCUGGAUAUGUUGUGUCCAAGUAUAAGCCCAGCGCUAGAUCCUUGGCUGCCUGGAAUGCUACUGUGGACUUUUUGACUGUAGCUGGCAUUUUAUGCUUUGUUGCUAUUGGCUGUGAAGGCAGCGAUCAAUUGAGCUCCAUGGCAACAGUGGGGGAUAGCUGCAGCGUCUCCUGUCACUGUGAAUAUGUGCACUAUGCUCCCAUCUGCAGUUCAGAUAAUGUUACCUAUAUAUCGGCAUGUCAUGCUGGCUGCACUGCCAAAACAAAGGAUCAACUGGAACGCACUUUGUACACAGGAUGUGACUGCAUAAGUCCAAAGAAUACGACAGCUGGAACUGAGUUGCAGUAUGCAGUUGAUGGGGCUUGUCAUGUGGACUGCUUCAAUCAGUUUCUCAUUUUCUUGGGUGUCAUGUGUUUCCUUAAGCUUGUUGGUGCCAGCAGCAAGUCGACUAAUCUGCUCAUAGCACUGCGUUGCAUACCGCCGGAGUACAAAAGUCUUGCACUGGGCUUAGGCAGCAUGGUGGCUUCGUUGUUCGGUUUCAUACCCAGUCCCAUUUUCUACGGCUGGUUGAUAGAUAAAUAUUGUUUGGUGUGGGGCAAAACGUGCAGCAACAAGGGCAACUGCUGGCUAUACGACACAGUAUCCUUGAGAUAUGCUUUAAAUUUGGCAGCUGGUACGUGUGUAUUGCUGGGUGGUUUUAUGAAUAUUGUGGUUUGGUAUCAUGCCAAGAAUCUCAAAAUCUUUGACGACGAGAAAGCCAAGAGUUUGGAGGAUAUUACUUUAAAAGAUUUGGGCAGCACGCUGCAACUGCAAAAGCUUGAUGAAAAUAUCUAAAUAUAUCAACUUGUCAUCUGAC